UUAGACUUCUUGGACUUCUUAUCCUUUUUGUCCUUCUUUUCCUUCUUCACCUCGGUCGCAUCGACUGGCGCAUCCUCGACAUUGUCGGCUUUCUUGGAUUUUUUGGACUUCUUUGGUGCAUCUUCUGCAACCUCGGCGUCGCGCUUGCGCUUCUUCUCGGGGGUAUCAAUCUUAGACUUGGACAUGGUGGGCGCGCAAAAAUGUUGUAGAUAGGUAGGAGCGUCGCGAAACGAGAAUGGAGAUUCUCAACUUUUCUGCCAGGGCGGUCAAAGUAGGGUUAUCUUGGCGCGUGAAACCACAGAUGGAACGCGCACCUUGAGCACCAGUAUUUUGGCCGCAAGCCAUAAUGCGGCCACCGGCGCAUCGAACCAAGCUUCCACAGGGCUCACUGAGGCCUCCGACAACACGCUCCUCCGACCGUCCAUGUCCACGCCAGUUUUCGUACAAACACCCCCGCCAAUUCCUCGUCGCGCACCAAGGCUCGCCGCGGCCACAACUACCGUUCUUGUACCCCUCCGGCCAGCACCUUUCCAAUGGCCAACUACAACGUCUCUUCUCCAUUAGCGCAAACCACAAGAAAUUCAUUAAAGAGACAGCAAAAUUGAGUGUGCGGUACAGCAUUCUCAUCUUUCUCCUCUCAUCAUGCGUCAGUAUUGCGAGUCUGGGCAUAUUGAGCGAGCAACAAGAGCGGGCCUUUCCGUCGCCCCAUGAGUGGAGUCUGAUCACGAGGUUCAGGUUCAGGAGAGGAAAGUGGUGGCAGGUGCCUGAGAACAACGAGGAAGAGGGAUUCCCCAACUGGGCGCGGGUUUACUCAGAGCUGGAAUAUGCGCUGAAUCGACUGGAGAACCCGGACAAGGAUGGAGCGGGCUUGAUGGAUCAGGAGGAAGGAGGGAUACUAGUGCCCGGCCUAGGCAAGGCAGGUUUCGACUUGACAGCAAAAAGCGAGGAGUGGCGGCAAGGGUACUAUGAAGUCCUAAUGGGCAUGGGCAAUGCCGCGGAAAGACUAGACGGAUGGGUAACGGACAAGUGGAGGAGAAAUGUAUGGGCACCAGAGUUCAUUCAGUCACCCUCGAAUCCACGACCGAAGGCUGUUCUCCCUGGUAUGCCCGAGCCGCCAGAUGAGGAGCAUCGCACACCCGCAGCGGAAGCGCCAGAGACGUUUUACCUCAAGAUAAUCACCUCGAAAGGCUUCACCACAUACCAGCGGCUAUCAGCUGCAUUAAGCUACGCAGACUGGCUCAGCUUCAGAAAGCUUCCAGAUUCUGCAGAGGAGAUGUAUAGGUGGGCACUCGACAUCGCGAUUGCAGGUCUGCCGACAUCUGAGCCGUCGGCGGUCAUCGAUCGCGACAGUGGCAUUCUUUCAUCCACAGCGCCGAGAGAAGCAAUAACACCAAACAUUGUUUAUGCCGCGACGAACUUGGCCACAUUCUUAGCAGAGCAACGAAGAGUCACAUCUGCGCUUCCGAUAUUCAUAUCCUUGCUUCGUGCUCGCAUCGAAGCGGAGGAGGAGCGUGUCCCUCUGGCACAGUCUAAGAAAGACAACACACUUGCCGGCACUCUAUUCAGCUUGCUGCGCGAACCCGACUACCCAGAUGUGCCAGCUUCUGGUGACGAACCACUUCUCCGGAAGGAAAGCGAUCGUUGCGAAGAGGCUGCCUUGAAGAACUACAUAGGCGAGAUCCUUUUUGCGACAGCUGGCAGCUCAUCUGGCCAGCGCCAACAAGGACUCUCUUGGGUGCGUGACGCUGUUUCCACUUCCAAGCUUGCGCAAUCCCUUGAACCUAUACGUGCAAACGACGACCUCCGCAAGAAGUGCGAAAAGUGCGAAGAAGUUGGUCUUGAGUCAUGGGGGAAGAUCAUGACAUACCUGGCUGCUGAGGCACGCGAAAAACGCGAUCACGCGAAGAGCGGGGGUCUGCAGGGACUAGUGUGGAAGGUCAAGGGCACGAAGGACUUGGAUGAGAAAGUAGAAGACUUGGAGGGUGAAGAAGAGGGUGUGAUACUUCGGUUGAACAAGCUCAGAAGUAAAAUGCUCAAGGAGGAGUACGCUGAGAUGGAUCGCAAGUACGCGCGAACCUUUGUAUUCUAGGAGCCAGGUGUAAGAUAUGAGAAUGGUUUUGGACAGGACCUUCGUCUGCAUGUUCAGCCAAGUGCUUACGAGCAAUCCUAUGCAACACCCCUCACGACUCCUGCAUCAGUCUCGCCAUCGCAACUUAUCGCACUUGCAUGCUCACCAGUAAUGGCCUUGACACCUGAACAUCAUGUUUCAGACGCAGAUCACUUUAGCCUUCACCCUAUCAACUCAGUGCAUCCCUGCCACGCGGAUCGCUACGACCGGCUCGCUAUCAGGGCCCUAGCGCCCGACAACCAAUCAUCCAAGCCACACCCGCUGUCAACUCCAACUAAUUCGAACGUUCC